UCCAGCCAUUGACGAGCCGCAGCGGAGAGGGCGGUGGUCUGGCGUCUCAAUUGAAUUGAAAAAUUUGAAGACUUUAGGGUUUCUGCUGCUAAAUUGAACUCAAAUCUUUGGCGAACGAGGUCGGAAUAGCGCUCAAUUCGUUUCGGUUCGAUCAGGAUUUCGAUCAUCCAAAGGAAAGCCGAAGAAAUUUGAGUAGAAGAAGAGAGAGGAAGCAAGAAUGGGGAAAAAGCAGCACAGCAAGGAUCGAAUGUUCAUCACCAAGACCGAGUGGGCGACGGAAUGGGGUGGCGCCAAAUCCAAAGAGAAUCGUACACCCUUCAAGCGCCUUCCGUUCUACUGCUGCGCGCUUACUUUUCUGCCAUUUGAGGAUGCUGUCUGCACGAUCGACGGGAGUGUUUUCGAUGUAAUGAGCAUAGUGCCUUAUAUUAGGAAGUAUGGAAGGCAUCCAGUUACGGGAGCUCCUUUGAAGCAAGAUGAUCUGAUCCCUCUCACCUUCCACAAGAAUGCUGAUGGAGAGUACCACUGCCCCGUGCUGAACAAGGUUUUUACCGAAUUUACCCAUAUAGUUGCUGUGAAGACUACAGGAAAUGUAUUCUGCUACGAGGCUAUAAAGGAAUUAAAUAUCAAGACCAAGAACUGGAAGGAGCUCCUAACAGAUGAACCAUUCUCGAAAGAGGACCUUAUAACAAUUCAGAAUCCUAAUGCUCUUGACUCUAAGGUGACAGUAGAGUUUGAUCAUGUAAAGAAAGGCCUGAAGGUUGAUGAUGAAGAAUUGAAGAAGAUUAGCUCAGAUCCAGCUCACAAUAUAAACGUGUCUGGAGAUAUCAAACAGAUGCUUGCAGAGCUUGGAACAGAAAAAGCCAAGGAGAUUGCUUCACUUGGUGGAGGUGGAAACAAGGCACGUAGUGAACGGGCUGCUGCUAUCGCUGCCAUUUUAGCAGCAAGAUCUAAAAUUAAAGAGGAUUCAAAGACGGGUUCCAAUGGAGAGCCUAAACCCAAGCAGGCAUAUAGUAUCGUGGAUGCUGCAUCUGCCUCAGUGCAUGGAAGAAGUGCUGCUGCAGCCAAAGCUGCUUCAAGUGAUAAAACUGCUGCAAGAAUAGCCAUGCAUAUGGCUGGGGAGAGGGCACCUGUUAAUGCUAAAAUGGUGAAGAGUCGUUUUUCAUCUGGUGCUGCUUCUCGGUCAUUCACUUCCACUGCUUUUGAUCCUGUAACUGAAAAUGAAUUUGAAUAUGUGAAAGUCGAGAAAAAUCCCAAGAAGAAGGGGUAUGUUCAGCUUCACACAACACAUGGUGAUUUGAACAUCGAGCUUCAUUGUGAUAUAACUCCUAGGGCAUGUGAAAAUUUCAUCACUUUGUGUGAACGCGGUUACUACAAUGGGUUGAUCUUUCACAGAAACAUCAGGAACUUUAUGAUUCAAGGUGGUGAUCCAACUGGCACCGGAAGAGGAGGCGAGUCCAUAUGGGGAAAGCCAUUCAAAGAUGAGCUUAACUCUAAGUUACUUCACUCGGGGAGAGGCGUUGUUAGUAUGGCGAACAGUGGGCCUCACACAAAUGGUUCCCAGUUUUUCAUACUAUACAAAUCAGCAACGCAUCUAAACUACAAGCACACAGUAUUUGGCGGAGUGGUUGGUGGAUUAGCUACCCUUGCUGAAAUGGAGAAAGUACCUGUAGACGACGAUGACCGACCUCUGGAGGAAAUCAAGAUAAUUAACGUUACCGUGUUUGUGAACCCAUACAUGGAACCGGAUGAAGAAGGGGAAGAAGAGAAAGCCGAGGAGGAGGAGAAGAACAAGGAGGAUGAAGAUAAGGACAAAAUCGGAUCGUGGUACAGCAACCCUGGAACAGGAGCGACAGAAGGCGGUGCUGUUGGAAGUGGCGGUGUCGGAAAAUACUUAAAGGCAAAGAACAGUCAAGACAGUGAUCCUGCAACUAAUGGAGUGCCAAAGAAAAGGAAAACUACUGCUUCAGCUGGAGGGUUCAAAGACUUUUCUGGCUGGUGAGAGAGAGACGUCUCUUUUGCCAUUUUGUAGAAUAUUCAUCGUUUCUCUAUCAAACCUUGUAGAAAUUCCCAAAUGUAUGGGAAAGUCCUUGAAUUUGUUGAUGUCUGAUAAAAAAACCUAACACUAGAAACGUUAUAUUAGACCAAGAAAGGCCUAAAAUUCACAGACAGAA